CGUUCGACGAAAGGAAUUCGCAAUUGAAAACGUCGAAAUUUACAAAAAUUAUGAUCCUACGAUUCGAGCUAGGAUUACCUCUAAAAUAACCGAAGGGGUAGUUAUUCUAGGAUUCUACACUAUGAAUAAUGAGUAUCAUCAGUCGCCUCGACUACAUCCAAGAACUUGGGGUUGAUGCUAUCUGGUUGAACCCUAUUUACUCAUCGCCUUUAAUCGAUUCUGGAUACGACGUUUCAAAUUACACCGACGUAAAUCCAGUUUUUGGUAACUUGGAUAAAUUUGAUUUGUUGAUAAAGAAGGCGCACGAGCGUGAUAUAAAAGUCAUUUUGGACAUAGUACCGAACCAUUCUAGCGACAGGCAUUGGUGGUUCAAGUGGUCUGUUGAUAAAAUCGAACCAUAUACCAACUAUUAUGUCUGGGCGGACGGAUCUGUGGAAUGGGGGAAACGGAUACCACCUAAUAAUUGGGUGAGCACCUACAGCGAGGAGGAGGGUUCUGCUUGGACAUGGGAUAGAAUAAGGAAACAGUGGUAUUAUCAUAAAUUUCAUCAAUCCCAACCUGAUCUCAAUUUAAGAAGCAAAGAUGUGAUAAAAGAAUUAGAGAGUGUUUUUCGCUUCUGGUUGGAAAGACAUGUUGAUGGAUUUCGUAUUGAUGCUGUGUCAUAUUUGUUCGAAGAUGAGGAUUUAAGAAAUGAACCUGUUGCCGGGAAUGGAAAUUACACUAAAGGACUACCUGAGAGCAGGGAUUUUGUAUACAGAAUUCGAUCGUAUAUUGAUAAUUGGGUAGCAGAAUUCAAGAGUACUUCAAAAUUGCUGAUUGUAGAGUCUUUUGAUUCUGAUGAAACAUUAGUGAAAUAUUAUGGUAACCGUAAUAAUAAGGGGAUUCCCCCAUUUAAUUUUCAUUUUAUUACCUCUAUUCAAAAUACUAGCACAGCUGGGGAUAUCAGGUGUGUUAUACAAGACUGGCUUGAAAUGAUUCCCAAUAACGCAAGCACAAACUGGGUGCUCUCCAAUCAUGAUAAUCCUAGAGCAGCUUCGAGAAUUGGAUUAAAUCGUGCUGAUGGUCUCAAUAUGCUUAAUUUAUUAUUGCCUGGCCAGGCAUACACUUAUUACGGAGAAGAAAUAGCAAUGUUAGAUAGGAAAAUUUCAUGGGCUGACACGAUUGAUCCUAUGGGUAAAUCGCGAAGACCAAACACUUAUGAAAAAUACUCUAGAGACCCAGCAAGAACACCAAUGCAAUGGGACUCCAGUACAUCUGGAGGAUUCUCAACCACUAAGAAUACGUAUCUUCCUAUACAUCCUGAUUAUGCAACAAGAAAUGUGGAAUUGCAAAAGCACAUGAACCAGAGUAACUUGAACACUUAUAAAUUACUUUCUACUCUCAGAAAAGGAAAAGAGUUCACUCAUGGCAAUUAUGAGUUAACAACCAUAAAUAACGAUUCUGUAUUUAUUUUGAAAAGAUUCUUGGAGAAUUAUUCAACUUAUGUUGUUAUUGUUAAUUUGGGACUGCGGCAAGAGACAGUUAAUUUAACUUCAACAUAUCCAAACAUAGAGGAUUCCAUGGAGAUUGUUGUUGCCUCUAGCAAUGCUGUUGUAACUAUGAAAACUGUUUCUGCAGAAAGGUUGAUACUCAGUGCCAAUGCUGCAUAUGUUUUAAAAGUUACAGAAAUAAUGGAGCCAGAUCCAACAAUUCCAACAUCGACUACUAAAAAGCCAGGGCAUAAUUCUGCUGCUGAUUCAACGACAAUGUUACAAUUAAUAAUAACCAUAACUUUAGCUGUAACAUUCUUAUUUAAAUGUUAAAUAUUUUUAUACGCAUAAAUCCUCCUUAUAUAAGAAUCAAAUUAAUUGUAGUGGACAAAGUAUUUCUUCAUUAAA